AUAAUAAUUUAAAUUACUAUUAUUAUGGCCACAACAACCAACGGUAACGAAGAAGAAAUUCAAGGGAGACAUCCAUCUUAUCAUGAUGCUACGAAACUAUUAUUGGGCUGCAAACACUAUGUAAGAUCCUGCAAACUCGUCACUGAAUGUUGCAAUAAGAUCUAUACAUGCACAUUUUGCCAUGAUGAGGAGGCUGAUCAUCAUUCAAUAGACAGAACAAGAAUUACAAAGAUGAUGUGCAUGAAAUGCUUGGCUAUUCAGCCGAUUGGUCAAACUUGCUCAGCUGCCUCAUGCAACAUGUUCAUGGCAAAAUAUUAUUGCAGUAUUUGCAAAUUGUUUGAUGACAGAAGAGAAAUCUACCAUUGUCCUUACUGUAACGUCUGCCGAGUAGGAACGGGAUUGGGGAUUGAUUACUUCCAUUGCAAGAAAUGCAACGCCUGCAUAUCAAAGUCUUGUUUGGUGCAUGUGUGCAGAGAGAAAUGUUUGGAUGAGAAAUGCCCGAUUUGCCACGAGUACAUGUUCACAUCGAGCAGGCUAGUUAAAGCCCUACCUUGUGGUCAUAUGAUGCACUCGACAUGUUUUCAGGACUACACACGUACUAACUAUGCAUGUCCGAUCUGUAGCAAGUCAGUUGGAGACAUGCAGGUGUACUUUGAGAUGUUGGACGAACUCAUGGCUGAAGAGAAAAUACCGGAUGAAUAUUCAGACAGAACUCAGGUUAUAAUAUGUAAUGACUGUGAGAAGAAAGGAGAUGCUCGUUUCCAUUGUCAGUAUCAUAAAUGCUCAACAUGUGGCUCGUACAACACCCGAGUUCUUGAAUCUGACUCGACGUAAGUUAAUUACUGUUUCGUCAUUUGCAACGAAAGGGAUUACUUCAAUUAGUCAGCUCUUAAAUUCUUGAUGACAUGAAAGAAUCAGGAUGUAGCUUCAGCUUCUUAUGUGCUAGCGGUUUCAUCAUAUUUUAAUAAUUUCAAGCAUUCUACGGAGAAAAAGCUGUAUGUAAUAGUUCUUUUUUAUUUCUUUGUUCAAUCUAUUUGUAUUUGUCAAGAAAAUUCAAAUGGAAUAUUACUAAAAUAAAUACCAUUUCCAUAUAUAAUAUUUUGAAGCCAACCUGAUGUUUCUGUCAAAAAAUACAAAUAUUCAUCUGUUCUUAUUGAUUCAGUUCUGAGAAAUCAAUAAUAUAUAGACAAA